GUGAGAAGCCAAGCUGUAAAUGGCCAUAAGGUCCUUGAAUUUCAUAAUAAUCUCUCUUGACCACCAUUAUCAUCACCAGCACCACCACCACCGCCACCACCGUCUUAGCCUCUCCCUCCUCUCCUCCUUAACUUCCGCUCUCUCUCUUCCCUCUCCCUAUCUUCUCCGUGGAAUCGUCUCCAAAACCUCAUACUUUCCCUUCUCUCAACAACAACAGCAACACAAAAAAGGCCUUUGUUUAAAGGAGCUAAAAGAAGCCGAAACCCUGGCUCAAAAGAUCGGAAAAUCCAACAGGCGCCCUGGCGCCCCAUCUAAAUCUAGGGUUUACGCCGAUGUCAACGUUAUUCGUCCUAAAGAAUAUUGGGACUACGAGCUCCUCACUGUUCAAUGGGGCGAACAAGAUGAUUACGAGGUGGUGAGGAAAGUCGGGCGAGGGAAAUACAGUGAGGUUUUCGAGGGGGUUCAUAUUACGGAUAACGAGAAAUGUGUUAUCAAGAUUCUCAAACCGGUCAAGAAGAAGAAGAUUAAGAGGGAGAUUAAAAUACUGCAGAAUCUUUGUGGAGGGCCGAAUAUUGUGAAGUUGCUGGAUAUAGUUAGGGAUCAGCAGUCGAAGACUCCAAGUCUUAUAUUUGAAUAUGUGAAUAAUACGGAUUUUAAAGUGCUUUAUCCGACGCUGUCUGAUUAUGAUAUUCGAUAUUAUAUCUAUGAACUUCUGAAGGCAUUGGACUAUUGCCACUCACAAGGGAUUAUGCACCGAGAUGUGAAGCCCCAUAAUGUGAUGAUUGAUCAUGAGCAGAGGAAACUUCGUCUUAUUGAUUGGGGCCUUGCAGAGUUUUAUCAUCCAGGGACAGAAUACAAUGUUCGUGUUGCUUCCAGAUAUUUUAAAGGUCCUGAGCUUCUUGUCGAUUUGCAAGACUAUGAUUACUCUUUAGACUUGUGGAGCCUUGGUUGUAUGUUUGCUGGAAUGAUAUUUCGGAAGGAGCCAUUCUUUUAUGGGCAUGAUAAUUAUGAUCAACUGGCCAAGAUAGCCAAGGUUCUUGGGACAGAUGAAUUAAAUGCUUAUCUGAAUAAGUACCGCAUAGAAUUGGAUCCACACCUUGCGGCCCUUGUUGGCAGGCACAGUCGAAAACCUUGGACAAAGUUCAUUAAUGCCGAGAAUCAACAUUUGGCACUACCUGAGGCCAUUGACUUCCUCGAUAAGUUGCUUCGAUAUGAUCAUCAGGAAAGGCCAACCGCAAAAGAAGCAAUGGCUCAUCCUUAUUUCAACCCAGUUAGAAAUGCGGAAAGCAGUAGAACUCGUCCCUAGCAUGCCAAAUUUGUGAGGCAGUCAAGACAUGGCAUUUUAUCUUCUUUGUGCUGGGCUGGGUAAGGAUCCUGCCUGUGUAAUCUGACUGAAGAUUAUGUGUAUGUGGUGCUUUAGCUUUUGAAGUUGAGAAUUCUUUCAAAAAUGUUUUAUUUGAUUUCCUGGAGUCCCCCAACGGAAACUUUAGUUCUUAUUUCAGACUUUCAUAUUUCCCGUAAUAUUGCUGAUUAAUCUUUUGAGUUCUUCAGAUGGGAACAGUUCCUAAAUCUGAUUUCAGUGUGCUCCUUACUAGUAAACUGUACAUCUCAUCUUUGGCCUCAGAUAUGAUACUAUAUUAUUGUCUUUUCAUUUCA